CUGCGGGCCCGGACUACGGCUCCCAGCAUGCACUGCGGCCGCCGGGCGCCCGCGCACCCUCUUCCCGUGGUGCUCCGCGGGCGCUGCCGCGCGUUCCCCGGGGCCCGCGGAGUUGCCGGCGCUUCCCGAAGUUUUCGCGGAGCCGCGGGAUGGCGGGCGCCGCGCACUGCUCCCUGCAGGCCAAGCGCCUGCUGCUGGACCCCAAGUUCGAGGGAUACAAGCUGUCGCUGGAGCCGCUGGCCUGCUACCAGCUGGGGCUGGACGCGGCUGUAGCAGAAGUGCAGCUUCGUGAUGAUCAAUAUACCCUUGACCACAUGCGUGCUUUUGGCAUGUAUAAUUAUCUUCACAUUGAUUCCUGGUACCAGGAUAAUGUCUACUAUGUUGAUCAGUUUGGAAGGGUUAUGAAUCUGUCAGUGACUCUGGACACUGCUCUACAAAAGCCAAGAGAAGUGUUCAGGCUGCCUACAGACUUGACUGCAUGUGAUAAUCGCCUUUGUGCCUCAAUGCAUUUCUCAUCCUCCACGUGGGUUACCCUUUCUGAUGGUACAGGAAGACUGUAUUUAAUUAAAUCAGGCAAGCGUGGAAACAGUGCCUCUGAGAAGUGGGAGAUUGUGUUUAAUGAAGAACUAGGAAGUCCAUUUAUUGUAGCACACAGUGUUUCAUUUGUAAAAUCUGAUACACAUUCACUAGCUGUGCUGCUGCUUAGGGUAGAAAAAGAUGAACUGGACACAAAAGGAAGUGGAUUUCAUGUUACCUUGGAAUGGGUUACGAUUGCAGGAAGAGAGGGUGAUCAUGGAUACGAAAUCAUUAAAAGGAGAGUUUUGCAAGGAAAAUCAGUCCCCCAUUAUGCAGCAAUAGAGCCAAGUGGGGAUGGUCUAAUGAUUGUUUCCCACAAACCGUUCACAUUUAUGCAAAGUGAAAGUGACGAAUUAGAAGAAAAUGAUGAUGCAAAAGUAUCAAAUGAAAAGAAAGACCCUCUGUACUACUGGCAGCAGACUGAAGAUGAUGUGACCAUAACAGUUCACCUGCCUCAAGACAUCACGAAAGAUGACAUAAAAAUACGGUUUUCCCCUGAUAAUAUAUGUGUUACACUAAAAGACCAGCCUCCUUUGAUGGAAGGAAAACUCUAUUCAUCUGUGGACCAUGAAAGCUGCACAUGGGUAAUUAGGGAGGACAAAAGUUUGGAAAUUUCUCUGAUUAAGAAAAAUGAGGGAUCCCGGUGGCCAGAGCUAAUUGUUGGUGACACAAGAGGGGAAUUCAUUAUGGACCCUUCCCAGUGCUCUGAAAUAGCUGAAAGCCUGAUGCAUCUUACCUCUGAAGUAAUGAAUCCAAACCCCGAAAAGGAAAACCCACCUUGUAAUGCUCAAGAGUUAGAAGAAUGUGAUGCUUUUCUUGAAGAUGGAGCAAGCUUGUGUAGAUUUGAUGGCAAUACCAUGAAAGUCACUCAUAUAAUUAAUCUUGGAAGCAAUCAGUAUCUUUUCUCAGUUGUUGUGAAUCCCAAAGAAAUGCCAUGCUUUUGCCUGAGGCAUGAUGUUGAUGCUCUUCUCUGGCAGCCUCACUCUGACCAACCAGAGAAUAUGUGGGAACAUAUUGCAACUUUUAAUGCUUUAGGUUAUGUCCAAGCAUCAAAGCAAGACAAGAAGUUCAUGGCUUGUGCUCCAGAUUACUCCUACGCUGCUCUUUGCGAGUGCCUGCGACGCGUUUUCAUCUAUCGCCAGCCGACUCCUCUGGCCACAGUUCUGUACAACAGGAAGGAAGGAAGACAAGUAGGACAGGUUGCUAAGCAGCUGGUAGCAACCCUGGAAGCCAAUGAUCCUAUCUUAGGCUUUCAAGCUACUAGUGAGAGAUUAUUUGUUCUCACAACAAAAACCUUGUUUUUAAUAAAGGUGAACUCUGGAAAUUAAUUAUUCAGUGUGCUCUGCUGUAGUUUGUGUUAACAAUUUGUUAUAGAAGUGAAUAGGUAGACAAUCUGACAGGUUCAGUACAAUUUGUUGAAAAUCAAAAAGGGGAUGUUUUACAAGGGAAUCAAAUUUCUUCAUUGGAUUUUUUCUUUAAGAAAGUGAAUUUUUUUACUUUCCUGCCAUGGAAGUAAGUUUUUCAGAGCUAUGAGAAAAUGUCUUCUGAAUUAACAUCUCUGUCAAAGUAAUUGUCAGAUGCUGCUAUUGCAUAGAUGAAUAGAUUUAUGCAUUGCUUUUUCCAAGUGACUUUAUUUGCUAUAUUUCUGAGUUUUGAGAAUUCACUACUGUUUUCACUGUUAACCUAUGAAAAAAGUAGUCACAGAAAGAGUUACAAUGUGGAAAGUAACUGUAUCAUAAAGAAAACAAAUCUCCAGUUCAAAUACUGUUGACCAAAAAACUGAUUUGAUAUUUUGACAUUCAGUAGUUUUGAGUGAAAUGUGAGUGAAAUGAAUGGGGUAUUAUAUUUCUUAUACAGGAAAUUAAGUGGAGCAAUUUUACUGUUUAUGCAUAUUGUAAAUUAUUGGUUUGGGACUUAUUUAUACUUGCAGUAAAAUCAGUUCACAUUUCUAGAAUACUCUUUAGUAGCUUUUUCCAGAAGAAAAUAAGGGUCAAUAUAUAGCUGGCAGUUACACAUAGAGUGCUGUUACUUAAGGUCUUGUCAUGCUCAGUUGCACCAUUUUCACUUGACUUUGUACUUGAUUUCAAGUGACUCAUUUACAAUGAGACAGCGGCUGACAGAGAAAGCACCAGUAUUGUAACCUGGAAUGGGACACUCAGAGGUUCUGCCUCAGGUGCCACUGCAAAUGCUGCUCUGUCACUUAACUGUUCUGUCUGUGAUGCCUAAGUCAAAACGUGGUAUAUGUGCAAUGUAAGAGUGCUCAGGCCAAUGAGGAUGCUUUGGUUUAACAAACUGGUGUGGUUAAUUGAGUUGUAUCUGAAGAUUUGUUUCUUAUUUUAAAUUGCAUUGUCAAUACAUUGAAACCAAAGAGUCAGUUGUGACAACUCCACCCUGGGUUGGGCUUUUUUCAUGGUUGGCUUACAAAUCCAUAGCAAAAUGCCUAAUAUGUUGUGUACUGGCAAGAAAGCUGCUGUCAUCAAAGUACUGAGAGAUACAAAUACAGGCAGCCUUUUAGUUUGCAUACCCCUACCAAUAUUAUUUCAGAACUCUGUAAGAAUUCAGAGAACAGUGUUUCUUUAGUUGUGAUUGUUUUGACUCUCCUGUAAAUUCUCCAGAUUUGUACCAGUGAACUGAUUAAAUAGCAAGAGGGAGGCAAGCAGUUGUGGCUUGCAAAAAUCCUCCAAAUGCAGAAGCUUUUCCAGGGACUUGAUUUUCCUUCUCCUCACAGCAGGAUUAUAUUGUAAAUCCAAUAUUGAAAAGCUUUUCUUUGCUUUUACUUGGGUAAGUUAAAACAGACUGGAUUUGUAAACCUCUUUUCAUUCUGUCCUUUUAAAACUGUCUUGAAAAUGCUUUUUGGAAAAGCUCAGGGAAUGUAUUACCAUAACAUGACUGUUCUGCAUCUAAAUUUUAUUUGUUGCCCAAUGUCAAACAAGGUGGUAGAAUUCCUGCAGAGGUCCUAUACGUGCUUUUAGAUGUAUAUGAAUAUUACUAAGUAACCUGGGGUUUAAUCUUUGGAGACACAGAUUUAAGAAUGUAGUUUUUGGGAAAUGGAGCAAUGAAAGAGUAAAGGAGUCACAGUCAAUAUGUUUUUGUCACCUCUGGUCUACUGCAGGCAGCUUCAAUAUAAAUGAGAAAUUCAGCUGUUCUUUGUCAAAUUCUUCUUGUUGUGAGUUACAUGUCUGGAACAUGCUCUGCUGUCUCCUGCAACAGAGGAAACAAAGCAAAAUGGUUACCUCUUCAAAGGUAUUACAAUAUGCAAUGGCUAGAGCUCACAUUCCAAAUGUGUGUCUGUUUCAAGAGAGGUCUUGUUUGCAUCUGAAACUGAAAUCUGAAAUAACAGAGGGAAAAGCUUCAUCCCUUUUCCAUGUUAUUCAUCUGUCUGUAAUCAUGGUUCCCAGGAACAAUGUAUCAAGUAGUGUCUCUCUUAUUUUGCUUCUGUGAGAGUCAAUGAUAUUAUUUAAAUUGUUUUUUACCUUGAGGAACUUGGAGUGCUGUUGCACAGCAAGCUACUGUGCACCUGAGGCAGGGCAAUCCCAGGCACAAAAGCAGGCUGGACAGAGAAUGGAUUGAGAGCAGCCCUGGAAAAAAGGACUUGGGGGUGCUCGUGGAUGAGAGGAUGGACAUGGACCAGCAAUGUGCACUUGCAGCCCAGAAACCCAAACAUUUCCUGGGCUGCAUCGUGUCAAAUACGUGGCCAGAGAGGUGAUUCUGCCCCUCUGCUCUGCUCUGGUGAGAGCCACCUGGAGAAGUGCAUCCAGCUCUGAGGACUCCAGCAUAACAGAGACAUGGGCCAGUUGGAGCAAGCCCAGAGGAGGGACAUGAGGAUCAUCAGAGGGCUGGGGCACCUUGGCUGUGAGACGUGGGGGUUGUUCAGCCUGGGAAAGAAGUCUUUGGGAGACCUUGGAGCAGGCUCCUAGUACAUAAAGGGGGCCUGCAAGAGUGUUGGAGAGGAGUUUUGGGCAAGGACAUGUAGUGGUAGGACAAGGGAUAAUGGCUUUAAACUGAAAGAGAGGAUGUUUAGAUUAGAUACUGGAUGAAAUUAUUUACUGUAUGAGUGGUGAGGCACAGGACAAAGCUGCCCAGAGAAGUUGUGGAUGUCCUAUCCCUUGAAAUUCAGCACCAGACUGGAUGAGGCUUUGAGCAACUUGAUUUAGUGCAAGGUGUCCCUGCCCAUGGCAGUGGGGUUGGAGCUAGAUGACCUUUAAGGUUCCUUUCCAAAUGUUCUAUAAUAAUUAAAUGGCUGCAAGCCACUAGGAGACACUCCCUAUGAGUAUUUCCAUUUCUGUAUUCAUUUAUUCUUAAGGCUCAUUUGUUCAGCAUAUCCUCAUAGGCUUAUACAAGGUAUAAAAUAUGGAUAUUUAAAAGAUGGUUUUCUGACAACCAUGCCUCAAUUUUUCUAGGAUUUUGGUUCUUGAAAUCUUACUUUUUCAGACAGUUCUUCCUGAGAGAUCCCAAUCACAAUCUGUUUACAGAAUUUCUGAGGAAAUAUUUGACUAUUACUGGCUUACUUGGCUGUUACUGCAUUAUUUGAUUUUAGUAUUAUUUUUCAGUGCUUUCCCUGACUGCAUGUUUGGAAUGCAUAAUGUAUUCUUCUACAAGUGUAAAUAAAUCGGAAAAAUGUUAAAAUUUUAAGAUUAUUUCAAAGGAUUUAUAUUAAUUUCAAAUGUAUAGCCUUCCUAUGCUACUGAAAUAAAAGAGAAAAAUAGAAAUAAGAAAUUCCUUAAAAUAAAACUUGUGUUAAAGUGUUUUCUGCUAGGACAAAGUUCUAGCAGGUGUCUGUACUGCAGGGCCAGUGCUGUUGCCAUGACAUGCACUAUUGCACUCCUUGUCUAUCUCUGAAAUCCCCUUGCUAAUGUUCCAUUUCUGCCAACACAAACUUACAGAGGUAGUUACUGGAGGAGGUUGAUAAAUAUCCAGCUGUGUUCUUGUGUUAAAGUGCACACUGUGCCUCUGAUCCUGUGGCUUUGUGUGCAAAGCCCAAAUGAACUGGACAAGCCCUUCUAAAGGCAAGAGAGAGAUCUGUCCUUCCUUCCUCUCCCCCUACCUCAACAGGGGUGCUUUUUUGCAGGAAAAGAGGAUUUUGUCUGUGUGAAUGUCCUUUGCCAAAAAGUGGCUCUUCAUUAAUGAAACAACAGAUCCUAUGAGAGUAACAAAUAAGGUUAAAGCUUAUAUUUUAUUUCAAUUUUUUGUGCUUUGUUUCAAUAAUGAGCCGCUAAAACUUUUUUCAUUUCCUUGCCUCCUGUAAAUUUAUGUUUUCUAUUCUCAUUAUGCAGAUUAGAUGAACUUGAAGCCUGCAGUCAAUCACAUAUUAGCCAUGUAAUAAAAAUUUUGGUUUAAAAUUUUGUGCUGUCAGUCGUACGUGCCAUUUUUAACACAUUUCUGGAAAUCUGAUUGGAUUUGUUUCCCCUGCUCCCUAUGCAAUACAAGUUUAUUUGUGCUAUGGAUAAAACUCAGCAAGGUCUAAAGAUUACUUGACAUCUUUGGCAUAGAAGAGACAAGCAUCAAGCAAACCUUUUUGUCAAUACUAUUGCAAUAAUUUCAAACUCAAGAUAAAGUCCCUUUUUCUUGGAGAAGUGUUUGCUGGAGUAAUGGUAUUUCCUUUAUAAAAGGUUUAAGGUUCUUCUGAGAAACUUUUUUUACACAAAGAUCUUUGUCAUGAAGUGGUAGCUGGAUAUGGAUUAAAAUAGAUCUAAUUAACAGUUUCAGAUGCAGACCUGGAAAAUACUUGACAUAGUCUUUACCAAUCUAAUGCUCUAUGCAAAAUAUCCCCUAUAAACCAUUAUAAUGCAUUUUUGCAAUCUAAUGUCAGUUGCAAGGAAUUCUCAGGAAAAAAACACAGGAAAGCAAAUAAAAAAUUAAUCAUUUUAGAACAUGACUUUCAUUAUGCUGUGAUGAAUAUACACUUUCUAGUGUAUUCCAGUAAUAAAUUUCUUAAUGUAUUGGUUAUAUUCUGAAUGUGCAGGACUUGACUGUGUAUAUAUAUUUGAAUUUUCAUUUGUAUAUGCACACACCUGUAUGAAUUCAUACUGCCUUAAGGUACUGGGGAGGGUGGGGUGGCUUUUGGAGAGCAGAAUCUUUUAACUUUACUGACAGCAAAGCUUGGAUUCUUUAUUAACACGUUCAUGAUGCCAUACUAGUGUUGUAAUGUCAUGAUAACUGCUUGAUGUGAAAACAUCAGUUGUGAAUCCUGUGGUGGUUUCUUCUGCUGAGGAUUAAAUAUGAGAUAUCUCAGUAUUUCAUUUUACCCAAACUUAAACAGCUCAGAGGCCAAGUAUUGAGUAGAUGCCCCAAGCUGGCAGAAUUGGUGCAGAAGUGAUAAUCAUUUGUUUUUAUCAGAACAAAUGAUGUUUAGAGGGAAAAUAAAUAAGACCCACUGAAUACUAAUUCAGUCACUUUCAGCACUGAAAUUGCAGCUGAUUGGGCUUUAAUGACCCUUCUCUUUGAAGUUACUCAUUCUCUCUGUUGCAUGUGUCCUUUCUAAUAAAUGUAGAGGACCUUAUGGCAAUUUAAGGUUGAGCAGUUUACGGGAAUUUCAGAAUAACUGAAUUAUGCUUGCUUAUGUGGUAUCUAAAAUACAGGCAUGAGGUACAAGGUGGAUACACCCAGUCAUAAGGAGACCAGGAACUCAGGCUCUUGAUUUGAUCAAGGGCUGGUGACCAUCUGAGCAGAAAUAAAAAUGGAUGCUUUGAAGACAUUUUCAUGAGUUGCAGUUUCAGAUUCUAAAAAGAGUAAAAACGUGAGAAUCUGUGCAGAAUCAUUAUAGAAUCACAAAAUGGUUUGGGUUAGAAAGGACCUUAAGGAUCAUCUAGUUACAACACUCCUGCCAUGAGCAGGGGCACCUUUCACUUGACCAGGCUGCUCAGAGCUCUAUCCAACCUGUUUUGAGCAAUUCCAGGGAUGGGGCAGCCACAGCUUCCCUGGGCAAUCUGUUCCAGUGCCUCACCAUCCUCACAGUAAAGAAUUUCUUCUUAAUAUCUAAUCUAAGCCUGCCUCUUUCAGUUUAAUAUCCUUAUCCCUUGUCCUAGUCACUGAAUGUCCUUGGCCAAAGUGCCUCUCCAAGUCUCCUUGGCUUCCUCUAGGUACUGGAAGGUGUUCCAAGGUCUUCCUGGAGCCUUCUCUUCUCUGGACUGAACACUGCCUCUCUUCACAGGACAAUAAGCUUGCUUAGGCAAGAUAAAACAUACACAUAAAAGCUCCCUUUUAAAAUCUAGGGAUAUAUACAACACUCUACUCAAAGCAGCUGUAUCAAUUAGAAAGAGAACUUGUUUGUUACCAAGACCUCCUCUGUUGUAAUUUUCUUUGCAUGUGGCCAGGGUAAGUCACCAGUAGAACUGCCUGGAUGCUGGUGUGAUUGGAGUCACUCCUUUUGUCCUGUUUCUUAGCUGGUGUAGCUCCAGGUGGUUGCUGCUGCCUGAAAAAUUCAGUUAAUGGUCCUAUGAUAGACAGUUAAUAGUUACAUUAACUAUAGAAAUAGCUAUAUAUGUAAUUAUAACUAUAUAUAAUUAUAGUUACAUAAUAUAUAUUUAAUAGCUAUAAGCUAUAAGAAUUGGCUGCUGUUAGCAACACAGUUAUGAGCCUCUUUGUAUCCAGUGUGACAUCUAAUAAAAUCUGCCUUUUCACAUAAAACAAAUGAACAAAAAAAGAAGACAAAAACCCCACAAACAAAAAAAAACCCCAAAUGAACCCAAAGAAACACACAAAAAACCUCCAAAAUACUAAAACUCGUACUGUUUUAUUGUUUCACUUUUUUUUCUAGGAAGUACACCAAUGUUUUUCUUUCUGCUCUUAGAAAUGUUUUCCUGUGCUUUAAAGAAAGAUGCAAUAUCCUCAAAGUUUAAACCUCAUGUCUCCUAAUGCCGUGGGGACAGCAGGAUAUCUGUCACUGAUUCAGUUGUGUUUCAGGAACAAAUUAGUGUGCAACUUGGUUAGACUGCCAGCUGUUCCCUUAGGAAGUGGGGAGAAGUGAAGUCAGGUUAUUUUAACAGGUUCACUGUGUGUGUUUGCAUGGCUGCACUCUCUGAGGCCCAUAUAAUUCAACAUACUGGAAGGUUCAGGUGCCCAAACAGGGAGCUGUGAGCACACUUCACUAUGUGAGUCCACCUGAUAUCCACACACUUUCCUGCUCUUACUCAGUUAUCUGCCAUCUCAAAUUAUUUUCCACUGUCUGUUUUCUUUGAUAACAGAACUAAGUUACCUUGCUGACUGACUGCAGUAUCUGCUGUGGAAGGAAAGAGCACACAGUAGAUUCUUGAAGAUAUAUUUCUAUAUCUAAUGUGAUUUAUACCAUGACAAAUCAGUUACACGGUUUUGACUACAAGUUGAUUAAUGCUUACAAUUAAUGAAUUCCCACAACUCACAUUUUCUGGUGUAAUUAUUCACAGAAUUGUAAGCAAACAUGUGAGAACAUUAAUUCAGAACUGGAGAUAAUUAGCACUUCUCAUUUAGUCUUCAGUUGGUUAUUCUGCCUCCAUUAUACAAACUAAAUUACUUGAAACCUAUUAAGAACUAGGACACUUUGAAAUCUUAAGUGAUUCUGAUAAAGAAAGUGGAGCUUUGCCUCCUGAGUGCUGGCAAUGGUCAAAGUGCACAGGGCCAGAGAGGACUAGGGAGAACUUCAUGGUGCUUUAAAAGCAGCCUACCAAUGCAAAGGGAGUGCAGAGGAAUAAAUCCCACCACUUCUGGAUACUUCCUGAGUUUAGCACCACUCAUUGUUCCAAAGCAAGAUUAUAGCCUAGGAAGAAGCAUCCUGCAGAACCCACCCCCUCCUGCUUUACAGCUCUGCAGAGAUUCUGUGUGAAUUAAAAUAAUAAUGUGUUUGUACCUCUGAUGUCCAGCACAUUCCUCUGAAAUGUGUGUAGUUGGAUGUGAGAUAUAAAAAAUGUAAUAAAGUGGUCAGGCCAAAGCUCAA